AUGUAUGCGGCUAUACAGGGGCUGGUUCCUAACGCAGCAUCCAACAUCUUCACAGGUGACGUUGUUGAAGGCGCCGUGUGGCUGGUCAAUGAGACCGAAGUCACUAACGACCUUAGCGAUGCCUACAACGCCCGGAUGCCAUCAUACCUCAAUCUCGUUUACGGAGUGGUUGGUAACCAUGACGCGGCGCCUGUCAAUUCCUUUCCUCCAGCUGACAUCGACACAACCAUUUCAAGUCAACGGGCGUACGAUACUCUUGCGUCCGACUGGACGCAAUGGAUAGGGUCAACGGCUGCCACCACGGUCCAAGUCUACGGGGCAUAUGCCGUGGAGUACCCGGACGGAAAUCUGCGCAUAAUCUCCUUCAACACAAACCUGUACUACAAGGAGAACUUCUGGCUGUACGAAGAGACCAUGGAGAUCGAUCCAAGCGGGCAGUUUGCCUGGCUCGUCAAUGAGCUCGAUGCUGCGGAGACCGCUGGCGAGCGAAUUGUCCCACGGUAUGACGCGACCAUCGCCGCUUUGUUCUAUAGUCACACCCACAAAGAUGAGUUUGAGAUUGCCUACUCCAACUACGCAGAGCAGAGUGCGCAGACUGCGACGAUGAUGUCGUAUAUUGCUCCCGCGCUGACUCCGACAUCGGGGAACCCGACCUUUCGCGUCUAUUCGAUCGAUCCGGUUACAUUUGGCGUGCUGGAUUACACCGUGUACAUUGCCAACAUGUCCAGUUCGAUGUACCAGAGCAGACCUACCUGGCAGAAAUAUUACUCCAUUAAGGAGGCUUACGUUUCUCUUCCGAGUCCCCAUGUCACAGAUAGCGCGAGCGAAAUGACUCCCGCUUUCUGGCACAAUGUCACUGCAUUGUUUGAGAGUGAUGAUAGCGUGUUCCAGGACUACAUUUCCCGCAAGACCAGAGGGUGGGGUGUCACUAGCUGCACUGGUGAUUGCAAGACAUCGGAGAUCUGUCAGCUGCGAGCGGCCGAGGCGCAGUACAAUUGCGUUGAAAUCAGCCCCGGUAUCAAUUUCAAGCGCAGAAAACGAGACGAUACGAGCAGCGGCACAAAGACGGGGAAUGUAUGUGGCGCGUCGGUUUUUGGGGCUAUGUUUGCCAACUUCGAGGAGAGCGUGACGGUAUUCAAGACGGCUGCAGGGGAGAAGCUAGGAUCGAGCUUUCUGAACACUACUGUCAAUAAGACAGCUAUUUAG